GAAAACUUAGUAUUUCCUCAAUUUUUAUUUUUUUGGGUGGUAAAAAGGGUUUCAAGCCAUGGCAGAAGAAUAUCAAAACAAACAAUCCAAAAACUUAUCAAGUGAGAAAAGAAUGCAUAAAGAGGAAAACAAUGGAGCUUUCAACUCUCUAUGAUAUCCCUGUCUGUACUAUUAUUACAAGUCCUCAAGGAGAACUUCAAACUUGGCCUGAAAGUUUGGAUGCUGUUAAAGAAGUUCUUGGCUUCUUGCUAUGUACACUCAAAAUAAAAAACCCGAAAAAAAGGCCAAGGAACUAUCAUCAUCAGAAGAAGAAAAAGAAAAAGAUGAAGAAGAACAAGGAGAGAAAGAUAUUCUGACCCUAGUGGAAUCCAAACUUGAUGCUGUGAACAAGAGAAUUCGUUUCUUGGAGGACAAGAAUGUUGUUGGUAAGGGUAAAAGAAAGAGACAACAACAACAUACCCAAUAGAAUCCCACAAUGUGGGGUAUGGGGAGGGUAGAGCCUAUGCAGACCUUACCGUUGAAGGUUAGGGAAGCUGUUUUUGAAAGACUCUCGGCUUAAAGAGAGGACAAGACAAAAAGGUCAGAUAGGGGUAAAAGAAAGAGAAUUGAAUGAUUUGUUGAUAUGGGGAUGGGUCUAUUUUCUGAAUUUUGGUAACUAGAGCUUCGAUUUAUAGAAGUUGAAAGCUUAUCUGAUUUGAAGAAACAAGGAAUGAAGUGAAAGGAGCUACAAUAUCAAUGCUCAGCUUACAUGGUUAAUGAGAAUGUAUCCCUGAAGAUAAAGAGUACGGGAAACUGAUGAAUUUAAUCACUCGGGACAUACAAAGACCGGAGAUAGAUAUCAUGCUGGAAUUAACCACCUCAGGAUAAGGUGAAAUCAAAUGGUGCAGCUAUGAGCUUAAAUUGUCAAGACGAUUCCGACCAAUUAAUCCAGGCUAAGAGCCAUUUUACCCAGGCAUUGGUUGACAGUCAGCUUUAUAAACUCGGGGAUGAUGCGUAUGUAAAGGCUGCAGAUGGUGAAGAUGAUUACAUAUGCAAGGUUGUUGAAUUUUUUCAAGCUGUUGAUGGUACGAAGUAUUUUACUGCUCAAUGGUUUUACAGAGCCAAGGAUACUGUAAUUAAAGCUCUUGACCAAUUUAUCGACAACAAGCGUGUAUUCCUAUCAGAAGUUAAGGAUGACAACCCUCUUGAUUGCCUUGUAAAGAAAAUCAAGAUUGUUCCUAUAUCCUCAAAUGUAAGCUUACAGUUGAAGGAAAGUUUGAGAUCAGAAUCUGACUAUUACUAUGACAUGAAGUACCUGCUUUCAUACUCAUCAUUUAUUAGCUUACCAACAGAUGUUUCAAGUCCUGAUAGUGAAUCGGAUUCUACCAUAUCAAGCGACAGUGAUAUUGCAGGGGUUAAUGAACGGAAGCAAGAAAAGAAGCUCCUGGAUCUCUAUUCAGGUUGUGGAGGAAUGUCCACUGGGCUGUGCUUGGGUGCUGACAUUUGCGAUGUUAAACUUGUCACGAAGUGGGCUGUUGACCUAAAUCGAUAUGCUUGUGAUAGCUUGAAAGUGAACCACCCGGAGACAGAGGUGAGGAAUGAGGCUGCCUCAGAUUUCUUAUUGCUUUUGAAAGAGUGGGAGCAGCUUUGUGCAUCCUGCUCCUUGUUGAAAAGCAAUACCCCACCACACCCGUUGCUGAAAGUUGAGGAUGAGGAGGACGACAAUGAUGGUGGAGAUGAGGAUGAGGGAUCUGGUGAUGAGGAAGAAGGUGAAAUUUUUGAGGUGCAAGAGAUUUUAGAAGUUUGCUAUGGAGACCCAAAGGAAAUAAAGAAGCCUGGCCUUUACUUUAAGGUACGUUGGAAGGGUUAUGGCGCAGAUGAAGACACAUGGGAGCCAAUAGAGGGCUUAGUUGGUUGCCAAAAGAAAAUAAAGGAAUUUGUGACCAAGGGUUUCAAGACAAGUGUUUUGCCAUUGCCGGGGGAAGUAGACGUCGUAUGUGGAGGCCCUCCUUGCCAGGGCAUAAGUGGGUUUAAUCGUUUUAGGGACAAGCAGAAUCCAUUACAAGAUCCGAAAAAUAAACAGCUUGAAGUAUUCAUGGGCAUUGUGGAGUACUUGAGACCAAGGUUUGUGUUAAUGGAAAAUGUGGUGGACUUGGUCAGGUUUGCAGGAGGUUUCCUCGGACGGUAUGCAUUGAGCAGACUUGUGGGAAUGAACUACCAAGCACGGAUGGGAAUGAUGGUAGCUGGGGUGUAUGGACUUCCACAAUUUCGUAUGCGUGUCUUCAUGUGGGGUGCUCUUCAUUCGGAGAAAUUACCACAAUAUCCGUUGCCCACACAUAAUGUUGUUGCGAGGGGUCUCACUCCCACAGAAUUUGAGUUAAAUGCAGUAGCAUAUGAAGAGGGCAUGAAGGUCAAGCUAAAGAAAGAACUUUUUCUUGAGGAUGCACUUUCAGAUCUUCCUCCUGUGGAAAAUAACGAGUCAAGGGAUGAAAUGCCAUAUACUGAUGAACCCAAAUCUGACUUCCAGCGUUUCAUUAGAUCAAGGAGGGAUGGUACAUUGGGUACUGCUUUGUAUGAUCAUCGGCCUCUACAGUUAAAUGAAGAUGAUUAUCAGCGUGUAUGUCAAAUUCCCAAGCGAAAGGGUGCGAACUUCAGGGACUUGCCUGGGGUUCGUGUUCGUGCUGUUAAUAUUGUUGAAUGGGAUCCGAAUGUGGAAAGAGUAAAACUUACUUCGGGAAAGCCUUUGGUCCCGGACUACGCGAUGACCUUUGUUCGUGGUACUUCAUCAAAGCCAUUUGGUCGUUUAUGGUGGGACGAAAUUGUUUCAACUGUUGUUACAAGAGCACAGCCCCACAAUCAGGCCGUAUUACAUCCAUUGCAGGACAGAGUGCUUACUAUCCGUGAAAAUGCACGGCUGCAAGGUUUUCCUGAUUACUACAAAUUGACAGGACCAAUAAAAGAAAGGUACAUACAAGUAGGAAAUGCAGUUGCAGUGCCAGUGGCCCGGGCUUUAGGGUAUUCUUUAGCAUUGGCAUUGAAAGGAUUAUCUGUAGAGGAACCGUUACUGUCAUUGCCAGCUAAUUUUCCAUGUCUAGAAGAACUGAUAUCCAAUGAGGAGUCUUUAGAUAAACUGUAAUUACCUGACCAUUACACAAACUAUUCACCCCUUGGAAGAAUUUGGGGCUGAUCAUUCCAAUUUCAAUCAUUCAUUAGGUUACUUCUAGCAGUUGUUGCAAUUCAAGUUCUGCAUUAACAUUAUGUUUUUGUUAGUUGCUACAUUAAACCAGUGGAGAAAUUGAAAAGGCAAUCGAGUUUUUGUAUGUAAUUUAUUGCUACAUUUAGAUUGGGACAAAGUAAGUCUGAUGUAGUUCGAGGUGACAUUUGUAAAAUUAUGUGUCAUUAAUCUCUUGAAAGUUCUGGAUGAGUUGUUGUGGGUCU